GAUUGGAGAGUUGCCUACUACGUCUAUAUUUCUCUUACGCCUUUCUAUGGGUUGCGGGCUGGCGUUUAGGGCGUUUGUAGACUCUCUCGUAGGUCUAGGGGUUUGGGUUGGGGUUGUCGGUUCGUUUUCCAUAUCGAUAUCUUCGUCGCCUGAAUCGGGGAUAGGCGAAGAUAGUAGGAUCCUCCUACGCGUAGGCUCCGAGGAAUUCGGUUCUUCCUGGGGGUUUCCUAGGGUGUUAUCCCCCAUCUCGGGCCGGGUUCUCCUGGUGGUUCGUGCGUUGGAGAAAAUCGAAAAUCUAGAAAGGAGUCUGGGGAGGGUUUUUGCCUAGGGUUAGCGCUACAGCCAAGGCCUGCGGCCUGGUGCGAACUGAUUUAGGGUAUUUUUAGGCUGUGCUGAUUCGAUUGGUAGUGCUUUCGAGGCGUAGGGAGCGCUUAUAGUGGCGUUCCCUUAGGUGUAAAAAAGGUUGUGUG